CGUCAAGACACCUUUCACAUUGAUCUCCGCGAUUAUACAAAACAAUGGCGGCUUCAUUCUCCCACCUCCCACCGCACGAAAGUGCGAGGGUGGAAGACUAUCUCAAUGAUAAAAUACAGACCUCGACCGAUUUGGAGAGUCUUGACUCUCUUCUUUCCAACUUGCGCGCCCAGCAAGAGCUCCAACAAAAACAGCUAGCUGAAGCCCAAGAAGCACUAGAGAAGGCAACAAAGGCCUCGAAUGACCAUGCGAAUGCGGUUCGACAACAGGCCGAAGCCUUCAAUAGGCAACAAGCGGACAUUGACAGGCGAUUGAUGAUUAUAACCCAGUCGGACACGAGCGAUGAAGCGGUAGCACAGUUUGAAGCUAGCAUGGAGAAGCUCAGAAGACUUGAUAUCUCGAAAGGAUACAUGGAACUUUUGAAUGAAGUCGAUCGGCUGAGUAAGGAAGCUCUCGAGAAUGUGCUGUCAGCGCCGCAACUUUCAUUGCAACCGUAUACUCGUCUGCGAAACCUUUCAUUGUCGUUGAAAAACGCACAGUCAGCCGCAGAAGGCGCUGCCCCUCACUUGGUCGAUUAUGCAGAGAAACUAGCGUCUACACUAUGGCACCAGAUGAAGAAGGAUUUCACCAGCAGGUUGCAAAAGAGUCUUGAGAAGAUGAAGUGGCCUCAAAAGGACCUGGUUCUCACCAACGAUGUGGUGGCGGAGUGGGCAGACUCAGUGCGCCUGCUACUCAGUUUGCAAGAGCCGGAACUAGAACAGAGGAGCAUAUCUACUGGGAAGUCUGAGCAGGGUGCUGAACAGCCUAUUCUCCUGCCGUUAGAGGCGAUGGUACAUCCACUCGAUCUUCGGUUCAAAUACCACUUUAGCGGAGAGAAACCUACAAAUAGACUUGACAAGCCGGAAUACUUUCUUUCCCACGUCAUGGACUUGAUCAGUACCUAUAGUGGCUUCUUCGCAACAUAUCUUCAGCCGAUUCUCGAUGAAAGGGCGCAGGAAGCGGGAUCCGGAUUGCAGCCAUACUAUUUGAAUGCUACGCAUGCAUUUAUUACAGCUUUGCUUCCAGUACUGCGUCAGAAAAUCACGACUUUGCUCCCUCAGAUUUCGGCCUACCCUCAGCUCCUUAGCCACUUCAUACACGAGCUAAUGGGCUUUGAUAACGAAAUUCGGGAUACAUGGGGAUACUCGCCCAAUCCACUUCUGGAGGAUCACUGGAAGGGCUUGACAUGGGAAGUUUUGACCAAGCAAGGCUGGUUUGACCGAUGGCUUCAAGUGGAAAAGGAGUUUGCUUUGUCUCGGUACAAGGAUAUCAUCGAUACACCAGACAGUGGCCACAUUGACUAUGAUGGGGUAGAGCCUUCAGCGUCCAAGCCUACAAAAGGUGCCAUUCGGGUCAAUGACCUCCUUGAGACUAUAACAGAGCGGUACCGUCCACUUUCAUCUUUCAGUCAGAGACUACGAUUCCUCAUCGACAUCCAAAUUGCGAUAUUCGACCAAUUCCAUGAGCGUCUACACUCUGGUCUCGAAGCAUAUCUUGCCAUGACGUCCACAAUUGGACGCACCGUGCAAGGAUCUGACGGACAGGCCGACCUUGAAGGUGUGGCUGGGCUCGAGCGGCUUUGCAGAGUUUUCGGAAGCGCGGAGUAUUUGGAAAAGAAAAUGCAGGACUGGAGUGAUGAUGUAUUCUUCCUUGAACUUUGGUAUGAGCUCCAAGACCGUGUCAGAGCCAACAAGGACGGCGGCAAGAAUGUCGCUGGGCCGAUGUCUGUUGCGGACGUCGCUUCGCGCACCUCACAAGCCGUUGCAGACAACCAUAACAGCCAUGGUCAUGGCCCAGCCGCAGAUGGUGCUCUGUUUGACGAGACUGCAUCGGCCUACCGCCGCCUUAGGCUCCGUUCUGAAUCCAUCAUUAUCUCCACCUUGACGUACGAUGUACAGUCAGCUCUCCGACCAUACUCGCGCGUUUCGACAUGGGCAACUUUAUCACCCCAUUCGGAAUCAGCAGGCUAUCCAUUGCCUCCAAGCUCCGAGUUGACUGCCGCUAUACGUACCCUCUCACCCACAAUUUCCUUCCUUGCUCGUGCCCUUGGUAUAGCCCCGCUUAAACGGAUAACGCGCCAGCUCCUCCUUGCCACCCAGACUUAUAUUUGGGAUAACGUGUUACUACGGAAUACAUUUUCUACAGCAGGAUCGAUGCAACUUGCCAGCGAUGUGGACCAUCUCUGCAAUGUAGUUGACCAGGCUCUCGGACCAGCUGGGAAACCGGGCGAGUCGGCGCUGGUGAUCCGGAAGCUCAAAGAGGGCUUGACCCUGCUGUCUUUGCAGAUCAGAUCCCAGCAGUCGAAUGUGAGUCAGGACCAGCAGAUAAAAGAAGCAGAAGCAGAGUCGACAUCUGCACGCGGUCUGGAUCUUUGGGAAGUGGAGAGAAGGCUGUUUGCGAACAACGAGAGCGCGAGAGAAGUGCUUUCUGAGCUGGAAAUUGAAACCUUGACGGAAUCAGAGGCCAGAUCGGUAUUGGAGAAACGAGUUGAAGUCCGGAGCUGAAAUAUUGUUGUCUGGAAGUGCGGCAUAAAGUAAUGAGAAACAGUUCGAUUAGUUCAGGGACCAACAUCGGACCGAAUAUACCCCACGCAAAAUUGAAUGUUUACUUAGGAUCAGACACAAAGCGGAGAUAUUUAAAGUCAUGAC